AUGGAGUCAGGGGAACAAUAUGUCAGUAAGGGUCAUCCAUUUAUGGAAAAACAUUCCAGGAAUAACAACACUGGUAUGUUUCUUCCGAAACCAAAAAUAGAGCUCCAGUUCUUUGAUGGUACUAAUCCUAGGAGUUGGAUUAGGAAAUGUGAGAAAUAUUUUUCUAUCUUUGAUGUUCCUGAAUUACAGAAGUUAGAAAUAGCUGCCAUGUACUUUACUAGUAAGGCUGAAGUAUGGUUUGAUGGGUAUAUUAUGAAGAAAAGUCGAGUUACUUGGCAUGAGUUUGUUUCUGAUAUGUGUCAUCGAUUUACUGAUAAAGGAUAUAUUGAUGUUAUUGAUGAAUUUAAUAAAUUGACUCAACUGUCCUCUGCGGAGGAGUAUGAAGCUCAGUUUGAGGAACUUCAACCUUACCUUCUACAGAUUAAUCCUGAACUAGGAGAGGAGUAUUUUGUUUCCAGUUUUUUGAGUGGUCUUAAAGAGGAAUUGAAGCAUAAGGUGAAGGUUUUGGAACCCAAGACUGUAGCUGAAGCUGCUAGGAAAGCAAAACUCUAUGACCUAUUAGCAGAAGUGGAAAGUAAAAAAUUCAGAAGUAUUUUCAGACCAUUGCUGCCAGGGAAUUCUACCAGUUCUAGGAAUUCUAAUCCUUCACUAAGUUCACCUUUGAAAAACAGUUCAACACCUCCUACAAACAGACAACAGCUACUGGAUUAUAGAAGGGCCAAUAAUUUAUGCUAUAAAUGUGGUGACAAGUUUACUCCAGGACAUCAUUGCAAAUUGAAGCAAUUGAAUUCUAUGGAAGAGGUGGAAGAGCAAGAGGAUGCUGAAGAAUUACAAGCAACUCAAACUAAUAUUGAUAAAGUACCAUUAGAAGAAAAAGAUCCUGAGAUUUCUAUGAAUGCAAUUACUGGCAGUUUAGGAAGUAGUACCUUGAGGAUUCAAGGAUUCAUAAAAGGGAAACCACUCAGUAUAUUAAUUGAUAGUGGCAGCACCCACAAUUUUGUCACUAAUAGGUGGGCUAAAGAAGGGUUGAAAGUGGAGGAAACUAAUCCCUUAGUUAUCACAGUAGCUAAUGGUGAUAAACUUUGUAGUACAACAAAGAGUAAAAAAUUGAGUUGGGAGAUGCAAGAUUUUCUUUUUGCACAUGAUUUUAGGGUUUUACCCCUUGGAGGCAGUGAUAUGGUGCUAGGAGUUGAUUGGAUGAAGAAAUAUAGUCCAAUAUUAAUGGAUUUUAACAACAUGACUCUUAGCUUUAAAAUGGGUGACCAAGAGAUUGUAUUGCGGGAAGGAUUGCACACUACUGCAAUGAGGAUAAUUUUAGACAACAAAAUGCAGAAAUUGAUGAUUAAGAAUCCUGAAGCAGUUGGGGAGAUUUAUAUGCUAAAUGCAGAGGUUGGUUAUAAUGAAAUUCCUCCUACAAUUCAAGCAGUAAUUACUGAUUACAAAGAUGUAUUUGAGGAGCCUACUGGAAUGCCUCCAAUAAGGAAACAUGAUCAUUCUAUUAUUUUAAAAUCAGGAAUUGAAGCAGUUAAUGUCAGACCUUACAGAAUGCCUUAUCAUAAAAAAUCAGAGGUUGAGAAACAGGUGACUGAAAUAUUCGGAUCAGGCCGGAAGACAUUCCAAAAACAACCUUCAGGACACACCAUGGUCAUUUUGAAUUCAAGCCCUGAUUUACAUAGUCAUGCACAACAGUUGGAAAUUCCAAGGCAGUAUAAGCUUUUUGCUAAGAGAACUAAAUGUUUCUUUGGCCAAUCAGAGGUGGAGUACCUUGGUCAUACUAUUUUUCCACAGGGAGUAGCUACAGAUUCUUCAAAAAUUCAAGCUAUUAAGGAAUGGUCCAUUUCAAGGAAUUUGAAAUCUUGA